AUGAGCGAAACAGGCAACAAUAACGACGGUAACAACAAAAAACGAUCGAGUAACGAAACGGUGGAAGUGAGAAUUCCCGCUUUUAGAUCCGGAAGGCAAAUGGGGAAAUUCAGGCGAAACCGGAGAUGGCUGCAGUUGGGGACGACAAAGGAAGCGACCGGAAGGAGGAUCCGACGGCGAACAAGUCCACCUACAUCGAAAAGGACGUCGUCGAGGACGAAGCGCUCUACAAAAGCCUUCAAAAGAUGCCGUUCUACCACGGGUUCCUGCCACGUGAAGACCUCCAAACGAUGCUUUCCAACGAGGGAGACUACUUGAUUCGUGUCAGCGAGGUCGCCUCGGUCUGUUCAAGCCAGAUAUGUUGAUCAUCUUAUCCCAUCUGAUUACAGAAGCCUAAGAAAGACGGCCAGACGUCCAUCAAAAGAGACAUCAUCCUUUCUCUGAUGAGCUCUGAUCGCGGCGCCACCGAAUCGGAGCACAAUCAGAAGGACACCAAGUCGGAGAACAAUCCGGGAGACCUGAAACUGCGCAACAUGGUCAUCCGCCGUUACGACGGAAUGUUCGGCAUCAAAGCGGGCACUCAAUUCGCCACUAUCGACGCUCUUCUCGCCAAUUACCACGUCUCGAAUACGUUGGAAACGAAGGAGAAUCGCAUUCUGAAAACGCCGAUCGAACUGCAGCCGUGGGAGAGCAAGCACUCGGCGGUGAAGCUCGGGGACAAACUCGGAGAGGGAGCGUACGGAGAGGUGCGGAAGGGAGUGCUCCAGAGAAAAGAAAAGCAGUACAACGUGGCGGUGAAGCUGAUGAAGGGCUCGGGAGAUAUGAACAAGAUAAAGAUCCGUGAGAUGAUGAGGGAGGCACGGCUCAUGAGGAACUUCAAGCACCGCAACGUCGUCCGUUUCUACGGAGUUGCUGUCGUCGAGCAGCCUCUUUACAUUCUGCUGGAGCUCGUCAACGGAGGUGCUCUCAACACGUACCUCCAGAAGAACAAAGACGUAUCGAAGCUGGAACUGAUGAAUAUGUGUCUCGGAGCAGCUUUAGGGCUACAGUAUCUGCAUGCUCACCGUUGUAUUCACCGUGAUAUCGCCGCGAGAAACUGCCUCUAUUCGAUCGACAAAAUCGUGAAACUCUCGGACUUUGGGCUCUCGCUUAUCGCGCAGGAGUACAAGUUGUGCAGUUCGCAGAAGCUUCCGAUCAAAUGGCUCGCUCCGGAGACCAUCACAACGCUCUUUUUCACUCACAAAACCGACGUCUACAGUUACGGAGUCAUGUGUUUUGAGAUCUUCAACGAAGGCGAAGAGCCGUGGGACGGCAUCUCGAACACGGAAGCGAAGAGGAACGUGGUGCACGGGCGACAUCUGGUGAUGCCCGAGUCGUGUCCGGAGAAGUUGCGUUUGUUUAUUCACGAGAAGAUCUACGUGGUGGACCCGAAGAGACGCAUCGCGAUGGACGACGUCGUCCGCUUCAUCGAGCCGAUCAUCAGCGAGAUGCACAACGCCGCCGCCGCCCACGUCAUGACCUCCGCCAUUGAGGAACGCUUCUGUUGGGUUCAUUUAUUCUAAGAAAGAUUUUUUCAGAAGUCGGAACGUGUGACCCGUGCUCCGGCUGACUGCGUUCGUUCGGUCAUGAUGCCAGCGAUUUCGAUGACGACAACGGCGCCGACUCCCCGGAACAACGCGUCGAGCUCGUCCAAAUCGAAGAUUAAUCGGAAAAAAGCGGCGGCAAACAAGUCUGAAAAUCUGGAAAAUCUGAAUCUUAUGAAUUAAUCUUCUGAUUUCAGAGUUGCUCAGACCCCGAAGCAGAAGAAGCAGGCCCAUCCCGGAAACCACAACAUGGUCGAGAAAUAG